AUGACGCAUUUUUUUUCUUCCUCUCCCUCUCAAAUUUUUCCCUCCUUCUCCCAUUUUUCUCAUUUUUCUUCACCAUUCUCCCUCCCUCUCCCCAUUUUCCCAUCCUUUUACACCUUACCUCCCAUUUUCUCCAUUUUUCCCAUCCUAUUUUUUCCAUCCCAUUUUUCUCCCAUUUCUCCCUUUAGUGUUUUUCCACCAACUCCUUACCCUCCCUCUCCCAUUUUUCUCUCAUUUUUUCCCCAUUUUUCCUCCGCCUUUUCCACCGCUCCCCUAAUCAACUACCCGCCGCCGCCAUCUCCUCGCCGGCAACAUUUGAGGUUAAUUCGACGUGAAGCUCAAAGCACCUCUGACUUAUAUAUAAAACAUCAACGCAAAUUUCCUGAUUGGUUCAAAUCUCAGGUUCUACAACGACGCGAGAGAGAAGAUAUCUCAUUCUUUUCACUUGCAAUGGGAUCUUCGUCUGAGGUGCAUUCUUACAAUGGAUGCAUUGUUAAUGGGGUACGGUUUCACACUGUAGAGCGUGAUAAUUGCCGAGCUACACAAAAUAGUGGAGUCCUAGUGGCCGGGGAGAUCAGUGAGAACACAAGUGUGGAUAACAAUUUCUACGGUGUUGUAGAUGAAGUAUUAGAUUUCCAAUAUGCGAACAGAAGACGCAUUUUCUUGUUGAAGUGUAGAUAGUUUGACACAGAUAACAACAAAAGUAAUAGGACACAUGUGGAUUUAGGAUACAAAUUGAUCAAUACAUCACACUUUUGGUAUGUCGAUGAGCCUUUCAUCUUUGUUAUCCAAGC